GGGCAAAGGGGGCGGGGCGUGUCUCUGUCACGUGGUUCUUGCUCGUCCUCCGUGUUAGCUCGGAGCUAAAGCUAAAAACAAUAAAACAUGUCGAAAGCUCACGCGUUAAGAGCUCUGGUGCAGGAGCGGCUCACUGCGGCUGCGGAGGAGAUCUUUGCGCUGUUUGAAAGAACGAUAGCGGAGUAUGAGGAGGAACUGCGCCGAUCCAAACAGGAGGAAAGGAGGAAAGAGGAGCUGCUGCAGUCAGUGCUGAGCCCCAGAGUCCUGCUGCUCAGGGCUCAGCACAUCCCCGAAACAAGUCUGAACCCUGGCCCGGAAAACCCAGAGACUCUGCAGAUUAAAGAGGAGCCACAGGAGCCAGAGGAGCAGCGCGUCAAACAAGAAGAAGAGCCGCUGCCCGUCUCUGAGCACGUCGCUGUGUUUGUGAAGACAGAAGAGUCGUCACUGCUUCAUCAAACGGCGCCCGGAGAGGAAACGCGGGAAGCGGAGCCGCAUUUCCACCCCGACGCUGACAAUCAUCUCGAGUGGGGUCCGUUCAGCAGCUGUUCGGAGGCAACUGGAGACAAACACCACCACGAAGUCUGGAGCAGAAAUGAACAAACAGCUGCGCAAAACUCGCACGUGUCCCCGAAACACCAGCCAAUGGAGAUCACGAACAACGGAGAAGUCUCGGGAACAGCCGGACGAGCCGACAAGAUAAUCCGCUGCUGCUUUUGCCAGAAGAAAUGCGGGAAUAAAACAGAUUUGAAGGUCCACCUCCGAGUCCACACAGGAGAGCGACCGUUCAUCUGUUCCAUCUGCAUGAAAACGUUUACGCGCACGUCCCACCUCGCGAUACACAUGCGAACGCACUCGGGGGAAAAACCUUACGGCUGCUUAAUAUGUCCCAAAACCUUCAGCGACAAGUCGAAUUUGAAAAAACACAUCCGAGUCCACACAAACGAGAGGCCGUUCAGCUGUUCGGCCUGUCAGAAAUCGUUUCACUUCAAACAUCAGCGGGACAGACACGCCUCAACGCACAGGAGAACGUUCAGCAGUUCAACUUAAUGCUUCUACCGUGUAAUAGUGUUUCCGCCUCGUCAAAAACAUGCCUGAUGAGGUUUUAGACGUCAUCCAGGCGUGUUUAAGUAAUCUAGUGAUCUCUCUCAGGCCUACAGACGGUAUAUAUAAACGCACGAGCCGCCGAAGUGAGCACGGGCGCGCUUCCAGCUUCACUUUACAUUGAAAAAUUGUCACCCCUCCCUCUAAUUUCUGCAGUGAGCUUCGUCAUUUUGGUCUUAAAAUGUUCGUAUUAACCCGCUCGACAUGAUCCUGGGGUUUUUAUUUCGCAAUUUUGUCAGUGAAUCAAGAUAUGAGCAUUAAUAACAGACAAAUCGGGCGCCUUCUGUCCCUGAGGUCGCUCCCGCUAGCGUUAGCAACAGGUUUGAUUGACAGCGUUGCGAAGUGCCUUGCCUGUUCCCUGCUAAACCUCGCUCCUGAUUCGCUCUUUGGUUGCUAUGAUACUCACGGUCAGAAUUCCAUAUACUCUGGUCCCUCGCUAUAUCGUGGUUCACCUUUCGCUGAGUAUGAACGUGCAUUGUGUCCUGCGUCCUGAUUGGCUGUUGGACUGUAGACCAUUGUGUUGUGCGUCCUGAUUGGCUGUUGGACUGUAGACCAUUGUCCAUCAGUCUCCUCCGUGCCGUGUCUCCUGUCCAGUACAGAAUGUGUUCAGACAAAUUUACAUAAACGUUGGAUCUCAGUGUGACUCUGAAGUGCUGUACGUUUGCAAUUUGUUUUCUCCCCGACAAAACCCACAACGUCGACAAAACGUUCUGCACCGACAAAGACGCCUACGAAGGUUUGAACUUUGAGAGAGUUUAAACGAGAGAGAAAUGUGAGAAAAUGUUAACGCCUGUGUGAGAAAAGUGUAUAAAGUGUGUGGUGAGGGGUUUUACAGACAAAAACAACUGUACAAAACAAAGCUGAUACUUCACGGAUUUAGCCUAUUGCGCGUUAUUUUUAGAACGUGAUAAACGAGGGACCACUGUAUGGAACUCCAGUUAGCGGUACGUUUCUGUCCAAAGCUCCGCCCACAACCCCACGUCAUCCACACGACAGUUUUCCCAUAAAUAUACAAAAACACUGACAAACGCGCAGGCCGUUGCAGGUCGGGCUGUGAUCACUGUCGCAUGUGCUGUUUUGGCGAUAUUGUCAUUCGGUGCGUUUCUGUUUAAAGCUGCAGUGCGUAACAUUUGCGGUGGAGGGUACAUCCGUCACGUGUUUACAAGUGAACGGACUGUAAAAUGAACCACAAAAGUACAGAAAUGUCCUUUUACGCACACAUUUUAAAAGGUUACGCUGCAAGUUUGCGUGGAUCCGAUCUUCAGAGUUUGGAUUUUGUGUUUGUCGUAGAGCUGCGGUCGACUGAAGAACUUCUCGUUGGACUAAAGACGUGCUGUCGAGCGAUUAGUCGGCUAAAAAGGGGGCGUGGCAAAAGGUUUCGGAACUAUUAUCGAUGCCCGUGUCUCAAUUUGGCGGUCGCGCACUUCGGAGUACGCGGCCGACGAAGGGUACUCCUCCAUCGUGAUUUUUAUUUCUUUAUUAUUUCAUAGAAGAAGAGCUAAGGUGUCGUCAUCGCAGGUGUUUAUUUCUGUUUAGAUUGAACGAAGUAAGGAAUUAAUGUUUCUCUUUGAAUAUCAACAGGCAAAUAUAACGUUACAAGACGACACCUGCAGGGGGAGCUCAUGCAAAAAGUACUAUUUAUACAGGAAAAAAAGUACAAGAAAGCAAUGUAUUUAUAUAAAGACAGAUUAAAAUUGUGAAAACUCUCUUUAAUCUGUGUUUUUACUUAUAAAUAUCACAAUAUUCACUCACUAACUCCACUUUCCUGCUGUUGUCUCAUAUAAAUCCUUACAAUCUAAACAAAAUAAUUCAAUCAACUAAUCGAUUAAUCAGCUAAACGACUGAAGAACUACAGCUCUAAUGUUUCAAAAAUACAGCGUUUAUGAACAGUUUUGGAUUUGUGUUUUGUUAUUGCGUUACAAAAUAAAUACUGAUUGG